AUGGGAGGCGAAAAUAAUUUUGAUGGUUUAUCUUUUUUCGAAAGCAAUAAUUUUCAAAACACAAAUCGAGAUUUUAUGAGAGGAACAAUGGAUGAUAAUAAUAGUAGAAGUGAAGAAAAAGGAUUACUAGAAAAAGCUAUAAGCUUUUCAAAAAAAGGGGCAGAAAGUAUACAAAAAGGAAUUAAAAAAACAUUAGAUAAAACAAAUUUAAAUAGUUCACCAUCAUUAAUAUCUAAUUCUACAACUGCCGAUACAGGAUCAAUGUUUUCUAAUUUUCCAUCUUUUACUAAUCAAAAUAGAGAAAAUUCUACAAGUUCAAUUUAUGCAUUUACAACAUUAUUAUCAUAUAAAAAUUUCCCAUUAUUUUGUCUUUUAUUUGGAAUUAGUAUUGUUUUUAUGAUACUAUCCUUAUUUACAUUACCAAUGAUUGUAAUAACUCCUAGACAGUUUGGCUUUUUCUUUACAAUAUCUUCAAUAUGUUUCGUUUUAUCAUUGGCAUUUCUUAAAGGCUUUUCUAACUUAUAUGCUCAUUUGACUGAGAAAAAACGCCUUCCAUUCACAAGCGCAUAUAUAUUAUCCCUAGUUGCAACCCUCUAUUUUACCAUUAUUAAACCCUUUUAUUUAUUUGCCUUAAUAACAUCCAUUGUUCAAAUGUUUGCACUUAUUUCUUUCAUUGUUUCUUAUAUACCAGGCGGACCUAAUGUAAUAAAAAUGAUACUUGGUGGGAUGUAUAAUUAUAUUAAAAAUUUAUUUCGUAGAAACAAUUCCUCAGAUUUACCGUUUUAA